GGCGAGUCAAAGAAUCUGCAAUGUGUACAAUUGCAUUUGUCAUUAGAAGUUUCUUUAUUUCCAAGUCUAACUAUAUUUUUUGCUUUUGGGUCAAUGGGUAUUCUGGUGGAUCGGGUUCUUUUAUUAAAGCUAAGAGCCCCUUCGGAUAUAAUGGAAUUUUGUUCUUUAACCAAUUUAGGAUUAGAUCAG